AGGCAGCGCCGGCGGCUGCGGGCGUAGCGGGCCACCGCGGGCCACCGCCGCGCGCCGCCGCCUCUGCUACGGUCCCUUCCCGCGGGGCCUGCUCUGGGAGAAGCUCGAAAGAGGCCAGGCGACGCGAACGCGAGUGGGGAGGAGGAGGAGGAGGAAGGACGCGCGCCCCCGAGCCCUGCGCGCUCCCGCCGCCCACGCGCGACCCUCGGGGACGCGCCCGCCACCCUUUUGUCCCCGGGGUCCCCGAGGGCGGUGGGCAGCAGGGAGCCCCGGUGCACCCGGUGUAUGCCCCCGCCCAGCAGGGCUGUCUCUAGGCCUAGGGAACUCACCCCAGUUCCUACGCCUGCUGCCCUGGCCAGACGACGAUGAACCAGUCUCAGAGGAUGGCACCUGUGGGCUCUGACAAAGAACUGAGUGACCUCCUAGACUUCAGCAUGAUGUUUCCACUCCCUGUGGCCAAUGGGAAGGGCCGGCCCGCCUCCCUGGCUGGAACUCAGUUUGCAGGCUCAGGACUUGAGGACCGACCCAGCUCAGGCUCCUGGGGCAACAGUGAUCAGAACAGUUCUUCCUUCGACCCCAGCCGGGCGUACAGCGAAGGCGCACACUUCAGUGGCUCCCACAGCAGCCUGUCUUCUUCCGCCUUCCCGGGUCCUGGGCUUGGAGGCAAGGGCGGUGAGCGGAGUGCCUAUGCCACCUUCGGGAGAGAUGCCAGCGUUGGCGCACUGAGUCAGGCUGGCUUCCUGCCUGGCGAGCUGAGCCUCAGCAGCCCCGGGCCACUGUCCCCAACGGGCGUCAAGAGUGGCUCCCAGUAUUACCCCUCAUACCCCAGCAACCCUCGGCGGAGAGCUGCGGACGGUGGCCUGGCAGACUCACAGCCCAAGAAGGUCCGGAAAGUUCCGCCUGGUCUUCCUUCCUCGGUGUAUCCACCCAGCUCAGGUGACAGCUACAGCAGGGAUACUGUAGCCUACCCCUCCGCCAAGACCCCCAGCAGCGCCUACCCUUCCCCCUUCUACGUGGCAGAUGGCAGCCUGCACCCCUCAGCGGAGUUAUGGAGUUCCCCGGGCCAGGCUGGCUUUGGGCCCAUGUUAGGUGAUGGCUCGUCCCCUCUGCCCCUUGCACCUGGCAGCAGUUCUGUGGGAAGCGGUGCCUUUGGGGCCCUCCAGCAGCAGGAACGGAUGAGUUACCAGCUGCACGGAUCUGAGGUCAGUGGCACACUUCCAGCUGUGUCCAGCUUCUCAGCCGCCCCGGGCACUUACGGUGGGACAUCUGGCCACACGCCACCUGUGAGCGGAGCCGACAGCCUCAUGGGCACCCGAGGGACUACAGCCAGCAGCUCAGGGGAUGCCCUUGGGAAGGCACUGGCCUCGAUCUACUCUCCGGACCACUCCAGCAAUACUUUCUCGCCCAGCCCCUCAACCCCUGUGGGUUCACCCCAGGGCCUGCCAGGGACAUCACAGUGGCCCCGGGCAGGAGCGCCCAGUGCCUUAUCCCCCAACUACGAUGGGGGUCUCCAUGGCCUGCAGAGCAAGAUGGAGGACCGCUUGGACGAGGCGAUCCACGUUCUUCGCAGCCACGCUGUCGGCACAGCCAGUGAACUCCACGGACUCCUUCCUGGCCACGGGGCGCUGGCCACAAGCUUCCCGGGCCCCAUGCCACUGGGCGGGCGGCACGCAGGCCUGGUCGGUGCAAGCCACCCUGAGGACGGCCUCACGAGCAGUGCCAGUCUUCUGCAUAAUCACGCCAGCCUCCCAAGCCAACCCAGCUCCCUCCCCGACCUCUCCCAGAGGCCUCCUGACUCCUACAGCGGACUCGGGAGGGCAGGUGCCGCAGCGGGCACCAGUGAGAUCAAGCGGGAGGAAAAAGAGGACGACGAGAAUGCGUCAGUGGCAGACCCCGAGGAGGACAAGAAGGACCUGAAGGCCCCACGCACGCGUACCAGCCCAGACGAGGACGAGGACGACCUUCUCCCCCCAGAGCAGAAGGCCGAGCGGGAGAAGGAGCGCCGGGUGGCCAAUAAUGCCCGCGAGCGCCUGCGGGUCCGCGACAUCAAUGAGGCCUUUAAGGAGCUCGGCCGCAUGUGCCAGCUGCACCUCAGCAGCGAGAAGCCGCAGACCAAACUGCUCAUCCUGCACCAGGCGGUGGCCGUCAUCCUCAGCCUGGAGCAGCAGGUGCGAGAACGCAACCUGAACCCCAAAGCGGCCUGCUUGAAGCGGCGGGAGGAGGAGAAAGUGUCUGGCGUGGUCGGAGAUCCCCAACUGGCGCUGUCAGCCACCCACCCCGGCCUGGGUGAAGCCCACAACCCGGCCGGGCACCUGUGAGACGACGCAGGGUCUUCGUGGGACCAGGGACCACCGCGCUCUACCCCGGGUGCACCCAGGAUGGUCCUGGACGAGGCAGGUCUCCAGCGUGGUGUGAGCUGAGGGCUCCUGGACAUUGCGGGGCCUCGGGCGCCACUGAGCAGCCCACAUGUCUUGGCCCCACUAACCAAGCUGAAGGGAGCUUUCCCCCCUCGAUUAACCGAAACUGGAAACAAAGCAGCAUGCUCACUUUUCAGAAAAGAAGAAAAGAUGCCUUAACUAUGUAAGACGGGAGAAUCGGGACCGUGCCCUGGCGAGGGGCGGCCUGGGACUGGCCUCUAGUUCAGAGCCCCAGCACAUCGUGCCUAAGCGUUUUUGUUUUUUGUUUUUUUUUUUAAAAGAAGAAUAAAAGAACAUUAGUUACCAGAUUUUUUAAAAAAUGUAGACAAGAGUUAGCAAGAACGAGGCCUUCUGUGUUUUGUUUUUUUUUUUUUAAGCUUUCUUUUGCGUAUGUUUUGUAAGCAACAAAUUUUUGUAUAAAAGUCUCCUGUCUGUUCUGUUUCUAGAAUUCAGCGUCU